AUGACCGCCAAGCCACACGAGGAGGAGGUGUUCUCAUCGCCGUACACCAGCAGGACACUUCGAUAUAUUCUUCAUGGAAGCCCUGCACAGGACCGCACCCACACGGGCGUUGUUAAGGACACCAAGGCAGCCUUCCGUCAAGGCCAGCCAGUCAAUGGCAUCAAGGGCCCCUCGGUGCUCCUUCCUCUGAAGGGAUUCGACCUCGUGUGGUGCCUGCCCCCGGACUACAUGCACUGCGUCCUGGAGGGCGUCACAAAGCAGUUAACAGAACUGUGGCUGAGUGCAACUGGGGCUCCGUACUACAUUGGAGGUGCAAUAGAUACAUUGAACUCUCGCAUCCUUCAGAUACGGCCUCCCAUCUCAUUCUGUAGGUUGCCCCGGCCUAUAAGUGAGAGAGCUCAUUGGAAAGCCAAUGAGUGGCAAUACUGGUUAUUAUUCUACUCCCUGCCUUGCCUUAAUAACAUCCUGCCAGCUCGGUAUCUCCAUCAUUAUUCAUUGCUGUGCCAAGCAAUGUUUUUAUUGCUUGGCACUAGAGUGACGGAUGCUCAUGUUGCAGAGGCAGAGAAACUUCUUCUCAGGUUUGUAGAACGGAUUGUUCGACUGUAUGGCCAAUCUGCAGCCACAUUUAAUGUACACCAGCUUCUUCAUCUUUCCAAAUCUGUAGAGAUGCUGGGCCCAUUGUGGGGAUUUUCGACAUUCCCCUUUGAAAACGGAAAUGGACAUCUGUUGGGGCACGUCACUGCUGCGCAGGGUGUACCUCAGCAGAUUGCAGAGCGCUGCAUCAUGCAGUCAUUCUUGACAGUAGCGAAGCGUCUGGUGCAUCUUUCAGACUCCCUCACUCAGAGGUGCCAGAAAAUGACUCAGAUUCUUCACAAGCCCGAGCUUGGUGUGCAUCUGCUAG